AUGGGUCUCAUCAAAGCCGGCAUAAAGUACGGCGGUAUCUACCUCAUCGCCCGCGAAGGCCUGAAAGCCGUCUCCAACCAUCACAACAAGGGCGACGAACAACAGCAGCAGCCGCGACAGGACCAGGACCAGAACUCAUACCAACAAAGAUCUCGAAACGAUCAAUUCCAGGAACAUCGUCAACCACAGCCGUACGAAGCCCCACCUCAAUACGUUCCUGCACGAGCAGGCUGGAGCAAGUCGUCGGAAUAUAUGCAUAAGUCGUAUUGCAACGGAUAUUGUGGGUCAAGCUGUAAUACCGCCUGA